UCCAACCUUCCUCCUCGCCAGCGAUGUCUUACAAGGUGAUGAUUGUGGCGGCCCUUGUGGUGGCCGCCGCUGCCCGCCCCGACGAUGUCUUAGCUCCUCCAGGCAGCGCACCACCUCCAAGCCCUAGUUAUUCCGCACCUCCUGCCCCUCUUCCGGCUCCUGUUCCUCUCCCUGCUCCUGCUCCUGCACCUGUUCCACUUCCAGCUCCUGCGCCUUUCCCAGCUCCAGCCCCUGCUCCUUUCCCAGCUCCAGCCCCAGUUCCUUUCCCAGCUCCAGCCCCUGUUCCUUUCCCAGCUCCAGCCCCAGUUUCUUAUCAAGCUCCAGCCCCUGCUCCUGUUCCAGCCCCUGUGCCUUUCCCAGCUCCAGCCCCAGCUCCUGCUCCUUUCCCAGCUCCAGCCCCAGCCCCUGCUCCUUUCCCAGCUCCAGCCCCUGCUCCUUAUCAAGCUCCAGCCCCUGUUCCAUUCCCAGCUCCAGCUCCUGGUUACGGAGAAGCCAUCGCUCCAGAGGAGGGACCUGCGACGUACUCCUUCAGCUGGAAGGUGAAGGACGACUCUUUCGGCAACGACUUCGGCCACGACGAGACCCGUGAUGGUCCCCACACGGAGGGCGUCUACUACGUCCUGCUUCCCGACGGUCGAGUGCAGAAGGUUGUUUACACUGUCGACGGUGAAGGCGGUUAUGUUCCUGUUGUGACCUACGAGGGUGAGGCCAAGAUCCCGACACCCAUCGAUACCCCAGUUCCUGGCAACAGCCCAGUUCCUGUUUACACCCCAGCACCUGUCUACGCCCAGGCACCUGUCUUCGGCUAAACCCUGCUUUAGACCGCUGUCUGCUACCCAGUUCCUUUCAAGAUUCCAGUACCUGUCAAUACCCCAGUUCCUGUCAAUACCCCCCAGUUCCUGUCAAUACCCCAGUUCCUGCCAAUACCCAGCUCCUACCUACACCCUAGCUCCUGUGUAUGGCUAAAUGAAAAACCAUAUUGUUUGCCUUAGGCAGUAUACCCCGCAUAUUUCCUCUCAGUCGUAUAAUUCUUCAUAUAUAUUAACUCGGGUCCUGUUUCCCACAUCCCAGGUUUUUAGCAGCCCAGCUCCUGUCUACGGCUAAGCCAGGCUGUAUAUUUAAACUACGAAUAUAUUUUAAGUAAUGAAUGCUGCAAAAAUAAAAAAUGAUGAUGAAAA